CCCAUUCACCUCGCGCUCCGUCGCGACUACUCUCGUACAAAUUAUUGCUAAGGAUUGCGCGGGCCGAAAUCAUCGGCGCUUUUAACAGCGAUUAGCAUACGAUGAUGGCUGCGAAUAUGUUUCGUAACUUUGUGAAUUUUACAAACAAACACAGAGUCAUCCGGGGCAUGAUAUCAUAUGGCACCCUCUGGCCCUGCGGCUCCCUCAUCGAGCAGACCCUGAUCGAGAGGCGGACAUUCCAAACGUACGACUGGAUGAAGUGUCUCAGGUUCGGCAUAUUCGGCUUCUUUUUCAUGGGGCCAACCAUAUACGCGUGGAUCAGAUUGGCGGGGAUUAUGUGGCCGCGGACGGACAUUAAGUCUUCGCUCUGCAAGGCUAUCACCGAGCAGGCAGCAUACGAUCCGAUGGCCAUUAGUUCGUUCCUCUUCUUCAUGACCCUGAUGGAGGGCAAUAGCUACAAAGAUGCCAGGCGAGAGGUCGCCGAUAAAUUCCUGGAGGCGUACAAGGUGGGUGUUAUUUAUUGGCCCUGCGUGCAGACGGUGAACUUUGCCUUUGUGCCGGCGCGGAACCAGGUCGUCUUCACCUCGUUCUUCAGUAUGUGCUGGACCACGUUCCUGGCCUACAUCAAGUUCCUGCAGAUGCAUCCCCACGUGGAUCUGGACCACCACGAGAUCGACAUCCACUUCCUGGAGCCCUAGGAGCCUACAUCCAUUGUGAUUGCCCACCAAAGACACACUUUUCUUGCCAAGGUUAUUAAACGUCCUUUUU